AGAAUCGCGACAAAACUUCAGGACUUGAAUCCUUCAUGGAGCGGCGAUCGUACUUUCCAAGAAACACGAAAAAUUAUUGGUGCAAUCAUUCAAAAUAUUUUAUUUAAAGAAUAUCUUCCCAAAAUGCUAGGCGUUGCUCAUCCGAAAGUGAUGGGUGAGUACAAGGGCUACGAUAGCAAUGUUGACGCUACCAUUGCCAAUGAGUUUACCACUUCUGCUUUCCGAUUCGGCCAUGGAAUGAUUGAGGAAUUCUACAAGCGUUUGGAUUUCUCCGGUGGCAACAUCACCCACGGCGGUUUCUUCUUUGGUGAGGGUGUGUUCAAAUCGAGCAAGAUUCUAUUCGAAGGUAAGAUUGAAUGGUUCCAAUAUGUCUCUCGCGAUUUGAUGACGUACAUUGUUUUCACUGAUAACGGAAGGUGA